AUGGCAACAUUUGAUUUGUUAGAGGAAUGGAAGAAUUUUAAACUAACCUCAGAAGAAGAGGAAACUGCUAUUGAUGUAGACGCCUCGGCCCCUGCUACUACUGGAUCCAGACUCGAGCAGAUCUUGGUUGGGAAACUCUUUAUUAAGCGACCCAUCACCUGCCCUGUUAUGAAAAACACAAUGAGAACCGCAUGGAAGCUAGAAAAUAAUGCAUUUGAGGUUCAAAGCUUAGGCUACAACUUAUUUCUCUUCUCAUUUGCUCGAGCCCUUGACAGAAACAAGAUCUAUAAAUCUGGGCCAUGGACCUUUGACAGGACGUUGGUCCUGAUUAACAAGCCAGUAGCUUUGAUUCCACCAUCAGAAUUGGAUUUCACAAAACUGCCUAUUUGGGUUCGUUUCUUUGACCUACCAUUAGGUUGUAUAACAAGAGAUAUGGCUAUCCGUCUCGGUAACGCUUUGGGUGGUUUUGAAGAAGCUGAUUGUGAUGAUUUGAAUCCUGAUUGGGGCUCUAAUCUACGAGUCCGUGUAAUGCUUGAUAUCUCUAAACCAUUGAGACGUGGAAUUAAGCUUAAUUUAGAUGGUCCCAUUGGAGGAGCAUGGAUUCCAAUACAAUACGAGCGCUUACCAGACUUUUGCUAUCAUUGCGGACUUAGUUCUUCACGGAAGAAACACCAAUAUGGUUCAUGGCUCAGGUAUCAAGGAACUGUUAAACCCACCAUGCCUCAAAUGAAACAACCUCAGGAGGAUCUCCUCGACAAAUCUGGAAAUAACUCUUUCUCUAGCUCUACUUCACCCGUCGGUGCCGGAUCCCAAGGUGUACAGUCAGCGCCGGCGACGGGUCCAAUUGCAAUUCCGAUGGAAUCACCAGUUACGGAAACUCCAAAGAAAGGGGCGGAGCCAUCUCAGCAAGGAAAAAGUCCCGUUUUGAUUGAUGAGGGUGAGCAAAGAAUUAAUGUGAAGGAGAUUUCCAAUUUGAAUCCUCCCUUGAAAUCAGGAGCACCAUCAAUGCAGCCUUCCUAUUCAGAUUCACUAACUAGGAUGGACCUAAGCCCAGGUUUUUCUGGGAGGUUUACAGGUUUCUAUGGUCACCCGGCUGCUCAUAAACGCCAUUUAACUUGGGAGCUCCUCAGGAGAAUUUCUAAUUUAGAUGCCUCACCUUGGCUUAUUGGAGGUGAUAUGAAUGCAAUCCUAUGGAAUUAUGAAGCCUCAUACACCUCCUCUUAUGAUACCUCUCAGAUUGAGGCUUUCCGGAAUAUCAUGGAUGCUUGCUCACUCACUGACAUGGGUUUUAAAGGAGGGAUAUUCACGUGGUGCAAUAACAGAUUCGCUGGAGACCAACUAUGGAAGAGGCUGGACCGUUUCUUAUGCAAUGAUACUUUUAAUUAUGUUUUCCCAGAUGCUUCGGGGCAUUGGUCUAAUGCAACUCAUAAUUAUUCUUUUUCUGACAGCAUUCAGGCAUCCUCAUCUGCCCUUCGGCAUUGGGGCCGAUCCAAUGUCUGGGAUCUAUUCAAACAGAUUAAAGCACAAAAGGCGGCUAUUAUAGACGCUUACAAUCAGCCUCUUCCGCUAGACUUCACCAUUAUUCAUGCUCUUGAGAAUGAUUUAGCUGGCCUUCUGGAGUUAGAAGAAAUCUUCUGGAAGCAACGCUCGAGGGAAGACUGGCUUAAGUGGGGGAUUGCAAUACUAAAUGCUUUGGAUAUUGAAGCAAUCAUAAAUCUUAUUCCCACACGGAUCACUUCGGAGGUAAAUGAGCAGUUGUUAGCUCCAUAUACUAAGGAGGAAAUUGAGUUGGCUAUCAGGCAAAUGUUCCCAACAAAGGCUCUGGGACCAGAUGGAUUUCCUGCCCUCUUCUACCAAACUUAUUGGCAUGUGGUGGGUCCUAAAACUUUGGAGGCAUGUCUUAAUGCUCUUAAUAAUGGGGAUGAUAUUAAAAAAUGGAAUUCUACAUAUAUUGCUCUUAUUCCCAAGAUUAAGCAACCAAGAUCGAUUUCAGAUUUUCGUCCGAUAAGUCUGUGCAACGUCUCUUAUAAGAUUAUUUCUAAGUCAAUCACUAAUAGACUAAAGAAUGUGAUUGGAUUAGUAAUAUCAGAUGCGCAGUCAGCUUUUGUCCCUUCUCGCGCCAUAUCUGACAAUGUCAUUAUUGGGCAUGAAUGUUUACAUACUAUUAAUAGUUGUAAAUCUGGUUUAAUAGGUAUGGCAGCCCUAAAACUUGAUCUGAGUAAAGCUUUUGAUCGUGUUGAAUGGACCUAUCUAGAGUGCAUAAUGCGGAAAAUGGGAUUUAAUGAAGGAUGGAUUCAGGCCAUUAUCCAAUGUAUUUCAACAGUUCGAUUUUCGAUCCACUUAAAUGGCUCUCCAGGAGGUUGUUUCCAACCCUCCAGGGGUAUCAGACAGGGUGAUCCAUUAUCUCCUUACUUGUUCCUUUUGUGUGCUGAAGGCCUGUCUGCUUUGAUCAACCAUGAAAAUAACUCCGGACGACUUACAGGUAUUCACUUUGAGGAAAAUAACACAUCUAUUACUCAUCUACUUUUCGCAGACGACAGUCUCAUUUUCCUGCGUUCUUUGGAAUCAGAAUGCUUAGCACUAAGGAGACUUUUGGACUCCUAUGGAAGGGCAUCUGGGCAAUGCAUUAAUUUCUCAAAAUCUGCUCUUCUUUUUUCUCCAAAUGUCCACCCUGAGAGGCAACAAUACCUUCAGUGCAUACUAAACGUCAAGUUGGUUUCACAUUUCGGAAAUUAUCUAGGUCUCCCUUCACAUUUUACAAGGAGGAGAGGAGAAUCUCGGAAACUACACUGGAUGAAAUGGGGAAGAAUGUGCUAUCCAAAAGAAUGUGGAGGACUUAAUUUCCGAGAUUUGGAAGGAUUUAAUCAAGCUCUGGUGGCUAAACAUGUCUGGCGCUUCCUUCAACAUCCAAACCUUUUAGUCUCCAAGGUUUUGAAACAUAAAUACUUUAAGGAUACAAGCCUUCUCCAAGCUUCAAAUAAUUCCAAGUCCUCCUACUUUUGGAAAGGUUUUUUGUGGGGCCGUGAUCUUCUAGUGAAAGGCUUAAGGUUGCGUGUGGGAAAUGGAUCUACAAUUAAAGCAUUCUCAGAUCCUUGGCUUCCAAGACCCACCACUUUCAAGCCGUUAAGGUUUAACAAUGGUGCUUUGGAUACCACAGUGGCCAGUUUCAUUACAGCCGAUGGAAAUUGGGAUGUUACAUCUAUUUCACAUUCUUUUUGUAAUGAAGACAGAGAUCUGAUUCUCUCUAUGCCCAUAAGCUCCUACAACUUACAAGAUUCUUGGCUAUGGCACUAUGAUAAGAGAGGAAACUAUAGUGUUCGCAGUGGAUAUAAGUUGUACAUGCAUCUAAAAUGUAAUGCUACUUCUGCUAGUACGAACUAUAGAGGGACGCAAUGGAACUCCAUUUGGAAACUUACUGUUCCUACGAAAAUUAAGAUUUUUAUUUGGCGAUCAGCGCACGAACAUAUUCCAACAGCCCAGAAUCUACUACUAAGAGGAAUCGGAGAGUUACCAGCUUGCACCAUUUGUGGAGAUAGGCGAGAAAGUAUCAUUCAUGCUUUUUUUCACUGUAAGCGAGCGCGUCAGAUUUGGAGGACCCUUUUCCCUUUUCUGACUUGUUUAUCUGCAGAAGACAAUAUCAGUUUUUUGGAGCUAUGGAGCUCUCUCACAGAACAAUUAGAACCAAAAGAUCUAAAUCUAGCGGCUAUUACCGGUUGGGGCAUCUGGAAUGACCGGAACUCUCUCAUCCAUGGGAAACAGGUAUCCCCUGUUGAAUUUAAGUGUGAAUGGUUAACUCCAUUCCUUGAUUCACACUCUCAGGCACAGAUGAGUAACUAUUCACCUCGAACUCAGUCGAAUCAUAGGCCAGUCGUUCAAUAUUGGCGCCCCUCAUCGAGUGUCUCUCUAAAAUUAAACACUGAUGCGGCAUGUAGGGGCGCAUCCACGAGCUUCGGCUGCAUCAUAAGAGAUUCUUCUUGUUCUCUGGUUGCCGCGACUUCAAUUCGUGUUCCAUUUCCGUUGUCGCCUCUUCUUGCAGAAAUCAGAUGCAUCUUGGAGGGUCUGAAAUUUGCAGCUGCUUCAAAUUUCACCCAUUUAGAAGUCGAAUCUGAUUCUUUGCUGGCAAUUCAACUGAUUCGAAAUGAGAUACACACAAGGGGAGAUGAACAAAAUUGGGUGAUGGAGAUUCAAGCCCUAACCUGCUGCUUUGCCUUCAUUUCCUUUUCCCAUUCGUCCCGUCAAUGCAAUCGUGCUGCCCAUGGUUUAGCAAAAUGGGGGAUCACUUCCCCUUCUGCCACAUAUGCUUGGCUGUUUAAUUUCCCUACGUGGCUUUUAGAUCUUGUUCAAAGGGACUUCCCUUCAAAUUUUGCCCAUGUGGCUUAA